UCCCCUCCAUAUCAUGUGAUUCAGGUGUUCCAAUCCCCUCCAUAUCAUGUGAUUCAGGUGUUCCAAUCCCCUCCCAAUCAUGGGAUUCAGGUGUUCAAUCCCCUCCAUAUCAUGUGAUUCAGGUGUUCCAAUCCCCUCCCAAUCAUGUGAUUUAGGUGUCCCAAUCCCCUCCAUAUCAUGUAAUUCAGGUGUUCCAAUCCCCUCCCAAUCAUGUGAUUCAGGUGUUCCAAUCCCCUCCAUAUCAUGUAAUUCAGGUGUUCCAAUCCCCUCCAUAUCAUGUGAUUCAGGUGUUCCAAUCCCCUCCAUAUCAUGUGAUUCAGGUGUUCCAAUCCCCUCCAUAUCAUGUGAUUCAGGUGUUCCAAUCCCCUCCCAAUCAUGUGAUUCAGGUGUUCCAAUCCCCUCCCAAUCAUGGGAUUCAGGUGUUCCAAUCCCCUCCUAAUCAUGUGAUUCAGGUGUUCCAAUCCCCUCCAAAUCAUGUGAUUCAGGUGUUCCAAUCCCCUCCAUAUCAUGUGAUUCAGGUGUUCCAAUCCCCUCCAUAUCAUGUGAUUCAGGUGUUCCAAUCCCCUCCAUAUCAU